AUGCCGCCGAGAAACCAGAAGAAAUCAAGUGCAAAGAUGCAACCGGAGAUGGAUUUCGUGAAGGUUUUGGGGAAAGGUUCGUUCGGAUCCGUCAAUCUUUUCAGAUACCCUAAACCCGAUGGUUCGAUGUUCUACAACGCAGUGAAGAUCUCAGACGUUCAACGCUACGAUUCUCUGGACAGAGAGUUUCGGAUUCUGAAAAAACUUAGAGGAUGCCCUAGAAUUGUGCAAUGUUUUGGAGACUAUCUGUUUGAAGAUUUCAAUUGCCAUGGAAACAGAGUUUACAAGAUGGUCAUGGAGUACGCAUCUGCUGGCACUCUCACUUCUUACAUGGAACGAAACAGAAGAUUGUCCGAUUCGAUAAUUAAAAACUUCACUCGUAUGAUUCUACAAGGAUUGGUCUCGAUUCAUAGUCUCGGUUAUGUCCAUUGUGAUCUUAAACCGGACAAUCUCCUUCUUUUUCCGCGUUACGAUGAAGAAACGUGGAAUUGUUCAUACGAUUUGAAGAUUUCGGAUUUUGGAAUGUCGACAAGGGCCAGAGAAAGAUCUCGUUAUUGGAGAAUUAAUUGUCCUUUUGUUGGAACACCUAUCUACAUGUCUCCCGAGUCGGUCCACGACGGUACGGUCGAGAAAGCCCUAGAUUUGUGGUCGCUAGGUUGCAUAGUGUUGGAGAUGUAUAUCGGUAAGCAACCAUGGUCAGAGGUUGAUUCUAAUGAUCUUGAAUAUAAUCUGGUGGACAACAUCGCACCAGAGAUUCCGAAUACGGUGCCUUGUGACGCAAGGAAGUUUCUAGAAACGUGUUUUGCAAGUACCCCUAAGGAUAGAGGAACCGCUUCGGAGUUGUUGUUACAUCCGUUCUUGACCGGAGAAGAGAGAAAGCCAUUGUUGUUGAAGAUGAAGAUCAGCCCGAAGAAGAUGACGGAUAUUUCAGAGAGGCCUAUGAAGUUGGAGACUAUUCCGAUGAAUCCCCCACAAUUUAAGAAAAUUGCGAUUAAACCCCUGAAGUUGAAGGUGAAGAUUUUACCUUGGAGAACUCCAGCUUCCAAUUUGGUUCCUGUUCAGUAG